AUGACGGGGAUCGGCGUGGCGGCAACUCCUUCCUACUUUCGGUGCGUCGAAUUGACUGUUGUGUGUCGUGGUCGUAGUCACUGCGUGGACACCAACGGGUAUCAAAACCUGCCCAUCGAGAGACGGAUCGCAUCUCACAUCGCCGUGCCGAGCUUGGCGACAGUCACGAUGCCCCGCGCACUCCAAUACCGAACCAAACUGGCGAUCAUUCGGCGCCGUUUACAGAGGCGGGUCGACAAGCGACAGCGAGAGAGGUCUGAAUCGCCCAACCAACCCGGUAACGAUACCCCAUCCCAGCGACCGCGUCACGCAGACCCGGUAGAGGUAGACGACGAUGCUGCGUUCGCCGAUAUUCCCUCCGGUUCCGGAGAUUUCGACCAAGGUAGCGACUUCGGCGACGAUUGGGAACCGCAGGCUGUAACCUCGAUGCUGCAAUCGAAGAAGACCACGUCGUUUAUCCCGACCCCGACCCCGACACUGGCGAAUACCAGGUUGCCGACGAUGCGCCACUGCAGUCGGAGUUACGGGCAUUGGCCGAGUACCAAUACAUUCGCUGAUACCGUCGAGGAUCAGGACGACGAGGUCGAUGCCACAGAUGCCGAGGAUGUUGCCGACGAGAUCGCCGUUGCUACGCCUUGGCAGGCGUAUCACCAGUAUGGCGAGGAUAUGACGGAUCCUUUCGCGGCGUCGGAGUCGAUCAAGCAACCCCGCAAGAUCCAUGGACUGUCUGACUUCGCCCUUGGCUGGGGCCUCUACUGCAUCGUGAAUGGCGUGUCACGAAAGCAGUAUGCCACACAGCUAGAGCUCUUCAAAUUGCUCGGUCGUGACGCCGACAAAGUUAACCGGCUACCCGACAGUCUCGAUACGCUCAAGCAGUCACGUCCGCGAAUCGUUGCCGCACAUCGAUAUGAGAACCGUCAAGGACCUGCCACUCAACCCCAAGAAGCUCUCCUCGUCACGCCAGGUGACCGCCAUGACGACGGCCGUAUCGAAGGUUCGCAACUGGCCAAGGGCAUGCACUAUGGUCUAGCCGACCUCGUCGAUAGCCCUAUCGAAGCCUGGCAUUCCAUGCAGUGGGCUGGUUCAAUGACACGUCAAAGCCUCACGUCGGCCCAAGUUAUGGCAGUAUACCGCGACCGUCGCGACAGCACUCGAGACCUCGGUUUGAUAGCCGCAUCAAACAACAACGUCGACCAGGCUCAGCAGGGUGACGUUGUACUCGUUAUCGCGCGGGUACUCCGUGGCCAUGUUAUCAAGAAUAUCGUUGCGAACCAGGCGAUCGAGAUUAAGACCAACCCCAACACGCGACAACAGGUGCUCAUCAACAAGUUCGCUAUUGGCCCUGAACAGGGUCAAGUUCGGUCCCUCCCAUGCUUGGACUUCAAUGACGGCUUCGGCUUGUACCGCACGAUGACGAAGUCGAUUAUGGGUUGUUAUCUGCAGAUUGCAGCGAUGCCGAGAAGCGAGCAUACACGGCAGAUCAACGUCCUGCCGGUUACCCUAGGUCCGCACGGCGCCAACUUCGACGAUGUGAUGAAGGCCCUCGCCCCACUCAAGGCCCUCGACCAGGGCAUCACCGUUGCCAUCAAUGGUGUGGAGACCCUGUUGUGUGCCCCGAUCAUCGCCUUCACUGGCGAUAUGCCGCAGCAACAGGAUAACUCGGGUUGUCUCAGUGUGGCGGCUAACCUGGGCUGCCGUAACUGUAGGAUCCCUGUCGAGAAGCGCGAUAAACUGGACUUCAACAUACUCGACCAGACACGGGCCCAUGUCGAGAUGCUCCGACUACGUCGUGCAAUGGACGACCUGCCUCAGAAGUACCGCAAGCAGGCGUUUUCGACGAAGCACGGUAUAUCGCUUGACCGUCCUGCAGUUCAACAGGUUGCGCCAGCACUAGAUCUCAUCAGCGGUCGUCCCGGCGACGCAGCACAUUCCGAGUUCAACGGUAUCACGAAGAUGACUCACCAGAUCCUGAUUGAUGCUGCGUUGAAGCCUGAUGCCGUCGUCGCAUACUCGAAGAUCCUCCGCCAGAUGCCUUUCCCCCCUGGUUGGGCCCGAAUCCAGUCCCCAUAUAACGUACUCAACUACAGUCUGCAGGAGCAUGCGCGAUGGUCGGUUCUGAUGACCAUCAUCUCGCUAUUGUGGUUGACGGAGGCAGAUCUGAAGCGCCCUUUCGUUCAGGCAGUACGGGGUGUUUUCUCGCAAACCGAGCUCACCCGCGGGCAAGCCACCAACACUGAUGUGGCUAUAGCAUCCAAGGUCGAGCACAAGAGCGCUGUCGAGAUACUGACACUGGUGCUAGCGGCAAUCGUCAAGACCAACGAGAUCCUAUCAGCACCUGAACUCGAUGCGAACGACCGCGACCCUGCGACUAUCAUGGACACGAUCCGAAUUAGCCGCCCUGGCAACACUAUCGAGCCGGUCAUCGAAGAGGACGAGGAAGCUGUCGACGAUGAUAUCAACAUCGGCCAGCUUACCGUCGCCCAGAAGGCCAGCAAAUAUCGACAGUGGGCGCAGCGUCCGAACGUACAUGUUGGCCUGCACUAUGUCGACGUGUUCCGUCAAUAUGGCUUGGUGUCGUUGAUGAUGGUUCUCCCUGGCGAGUUGAAACACAAGCUCUGGAAGAAUAUCGUGCUCACGAUGAACCAUCGUAACCCCGAGAAGGACUGCCUUGCGUACGAGAAUAUGCUGCAGACGGUUCGACUGACACUACUCGACGGCUUUCGCUAUGACGACCCCGAUAUCACCACCGACAUCAAGAAUCUGGCAUCGGCAGCCCCUUCUCUGUUCUCAUCAUUGCUACCGCGCGAAGGUCUCCAGAACGAUGACGACGAUUCUUCGAUUUGGGACAUCAUUGUUGGUGACGACCUGCAUCCCAAUGCAAGUGUAUUGGUCUUGGUGAAGGCUCGUGUAUACCAGGACAUGGGCUUUCCCGUUCGUGAGGGCGCAUUGGUGCCAACCUUCCUUUGGAUGCUUCGCGAUGCAUACCGGGUGGACUAUGACAAGAACAUUAUUGUGACGACGAACUGGCAUAUCAGGUGGUGGAAGAAGGUUUCGUUUGGAGACGGACCCAUCAGCACCAAACCCAAAGGUGUCCAGCGCUUGGUCUAUCAGCGGGGCCAAUUCGUGAAGUACCGCGACGGCAACGUCGGCAGACUUGAGCAUAUCAUGACGCACGAAGCAGUGCAUGGUUCUGGCCAGUUCUUUGUGUUCUUAGUCAUCACGCCACUCGCCGACACCGGCAGCACCGAGCCCCUGACCGGACUUCCGAUCUUGAAGAUGGCCGCGUCUGGUGCCAACAUUGCCAUGGCGGCUUCGCUCGAGGACUGUCGACACCGACUUAUCGGCCUGCCUGCUCUACGCCGCGAUCGCCUUUAUAUGGUACCUUUCACGACUGGUCCGGGUCGCCGCCUGCUUACAGGCAUCGGGAACACUGAGCUGGAGGCGGAUACCGAGCUACUCUGGGUUAACUGGCGCGUGCAGUUCACUUGA